GGUGUUCAUGAGCCUGCAGUGACGUCACUUGGCAACUCUCAUCUGGGCCGUCUGAUACAAACACAUUGAAAUAUCAUCGAUAUCGAGUGACAGCUGUCAUCCGCAGCAACAGCCUUGUGUACAUCAUCCGCUUAUUUCCGUUUCAGCGUCUCAUUUCCCAGCAGCCUGGAGCACAACAAUGUGAGCAGAUCCAUCUUAUGUUUGCAUUUCAUGUCAAGAUGGCAGAGGAUUUGAUCUCGAGCACAGCCGGGGCACAAGGGACUGUUCGCCUCCCUCAGCCCUGUGCCAGGCAGAAAUAUAGCAGUAAAACCCAUUCCCAGGGACUUCUGGAUGGCCUCCUCACGCUGCGAGAAGGAGGGAUUCUGUUUGAUGUGGUGCUCAUUGUAGAAAAAAAACCUAUCCAAGCUCACCGUAUCCUUUUGGCAGCGUCGUGUGACUAUUUCAGGGGUAUGUUUGCUGGAGGUUUGAAGGAGAUGCAGGAAACAGAGAUCCAGGUUCAUGGAGUCACAUACACAGCAAUGACUAAACUGCUGGACUUUAUUUACACCUCUGAGCUGGAGCUGGAUCUUGAUACGGUGCAGGAGGUGCUGUGUGCGGCCACUUUACUGCAGGUUCGAGAUGUGAUUGGCUUCUGCUGCGACUUCCUGUUCUGCUGGUUGGAUGACGACAACAUCCUGGAGGUGGAAAAUCUAGCGGACAUCUACGGACUGGAUCAGCUCGGGGGGAAAAUCCGCUCGUAUCUUCUCAAGAACAUCCAGACCUUCUCGCGUACACCCGUGUAUCGAAAGCUUCCUGCAGAGAAAGUGCUGAGCAUUCUGUCCAGCAAUGAGCUGGUGGUGAACUCAGAAAACGAGGUUUUCGAAGCGGCUCUACACUACCACUUCACCCCUGAAGAGGUGGAGAAAGAUCAGGUGGUCCUGCAGGAUCCAUUACAGAUGUUGGAAGCAGUGCGUUUCUGUCUGAUGGAGAAGCACGUGCUGCAGCGUCUGCACAGUCGGUUAAAGCAGUGCCCGCUGCAGGACUCUGUGGCCGGCGCUCUGCGCUACCACAAUCAGGAGCUAUGGCAGCCGGUAAUGCAAACCCCACUGACUCAGCCACGCAGCAGCUCCCAGUGCAUUCUGGGAUUCGGUGGCAUGUAUUCAUCUAGCGCGCUUGCAGACAAUGAAGAGCGCUUCCAGGUAUUCCAAUCCUCCUGGGGCGAGUGGCGUAGUCUAGCUGCAGACCGAGCUCCUCGCAUGUCUAACAUGGGCAUUGCGGUUCUUCAUAACUUUGUCUACUUGAUCGGGGGGGACAAGAACACCAGCAGCUUUCGUGCUGAAGCUCGAUGUUGGCGGUACGAUCCUCGGCACAACACCUGGUGCUCUAUCGAAUCUUUACAGCAGCAGCACGCGGAUCAUUGCAUCUGUGUGGUGGAUAAAUACAUCUACGCCAUUGGAGGACGCGACUACACCAACGUAUUGGAGUGUGUGGAGCGCUACAACCCACAAACCAACACCUGGGAAUAUGUGGCACCGCUAAAACGAGAGGUUUUCGCCCAUGCGGCAGCAGUCAUUGAUGGGAGGAUCUACAUCGCCUGCGGUCGCCGGGGUACGGCUUAUCUGAAGGAGACCUACUGUUACGAUCCCAUUGGGAAUCACUGGAGCGUGUGUGCCGAGGGCCCGGUGGAGCGCGCCUGGCACGGUAUGGCAGCACUGAACGGCCGUGCUUAUGUCAUCGGAGGAAGCAAUGACGGUUGUGGUUACCGCAGAGAUGUCCUCAAGGUGGCAUGUUAUAAUCCAAUAGCAGAUGUCUGGUCUGUGGUGAGCCCUUUGCCCGCUGGGCACGGAGAGCCUGGGGUGGCGGUUCUCAACGGAAGCAUUUAUAUCCUGGGUGGAAGGUCGCACGAUAAGGGCAGUCGCAUGAAGUACGUUCACAUUUAUCACGCAGAGGAAGACCGAUGGGAGAGCGGAACAUCCUUGGAGGACCGAGUAUCUGGCCUUUCAGCAUGUGUUGUACUUUUGUCAAAUGCAACCAUGGCUCAGGCACAUAGCUGGGAGCAAAGAGCCAAAGCAUCAUGGGAAGAGGUAGAUUGGGAUGACUCUGACAAUUCCAGCGAAGACUAAAGAGUGUAAGUGUGUAAUAUGAGAGGAUUAUAUGGUUGUUACUAACAUCAUUUUUAAGGUGAGAGUUUAUAGAUCAGAUCUUCAAAGAAAGGAUUGUUGUGCACAUCUAAACAUAAAGUAGGUUUGAGGUGUGCAGGAUUAUUUACAUUACAUCCCAUGAUUUUUUUGUUGAGAUCAGUAUGUUGUAUUUUCAAAACUGGGUCUACACUGCAAAGAUAAAUCCCUCCAAAAUCAAAAGAAACAACAAUUAAUUGUAUCAAUGUUUUUUUUUAAAUAUGUCGUUUUCUUUUUGCAAAAUUUAAUUUUCCUAUUGACUUUGUGCUGAAAGAUGACAUUAUUUGACAUUUUUCAUCAAAUUUUUGCUCAUACUUGUGUUCUUCUUCCAAAAACACAAUGACCAUGCUACUAUGAGACAUUGAUGGUAACACUGUACAUGCACUUUAAGAUAAGAGGGGAUUUGGUUUUUAUUUAGAAUGACCGUGCCUUUAUUUUACUGUCUGUCCAAUGCCUUAUUAUUAAACAUUUAUGUGUUGCAAUAACAUGAUUUUUUAAGAAUAAUUUAGUAAACAAACUCAACCAGAUUCUCGCAAAUGGCAGUUCAAAUUAAAGUGAAUUGUUAAUAAAAGGUCGUCUGACGUUGUUUUUUAAUAUUUUUAAAAGCAGUCCUGUAAAACAACCCUGCAAAACUUUAUGCGCUGAAAUGGGCUUAAAGCACUGCUUUGCUUUCUGUUUAUUUAUUUCUGUGUCUUAAAAAGAUCAGAAUAAUUUGACUCUGAAUGUCCUAAACAUAAACAUCCUAAUAAAUCUGUUAUUAUU